UCUAUGAGUGCAGCAGCGUCGUCUCACAGUUGCUGGUCUUAGGUCACUUACCAUGUAUGACCACAUUAGCGUCGACGACCAGUGGUAGUGUUCUGUGACUUAAAAAAAAAUCGUCCAGUGGCGCCGAGCCCCGAAAAAAAUCGAACGCAGGGGUACUGAGUGCCGGUUACUCCGACCUAGCUGAGCAAUAUGCCACCGCAUGCUGUGUACUGUUGACAUUCAUCCAGUAAGUAAGAAUUAUUGAAAAGCGAUGACUGGAGCGUGGGCGGCCUGCCUGCUGGUGAGCUUUCUACUUCCCUCAUGCAUCCCGACAGCGCACCGAGGCCGCCACCACCCCCCCGAGCCUCACGCCGAAGCCUACCACAUGUCCCGGGACACGUUGUUCGACCCCCACCGGGACUCGGAGGAGUUCCGUCGCGACGCCCCCGACGACAAGCGGGAGUUCACCAGGCGCGACUCCGAAGAUGAUCCGCUCGUGAUCCAGACCAAGAAGGGCAAGGUCCGCGGCAUGACGCUGACCGCCGCCACCGGCAAGAAGGUGGACGCGUGGCUGGGCAUCCCCUACGCGCAAAAGCCCCUCGGCGGGCUGCGCUUCCGACACCCUCGGCCGAGCGAGAAGUGGGACGGCGUCCUCAACGCGACCGCGAUGCCGAACUCGUGCGUACAGAUCAUAGACACAGUGUUCGGCGACUUCCCGGGCGCCACCAUGUGGAACCCCAACACGCCUCUGAGCGAGGACUGCCUGUACGUGAACGUGGUGGUGCCGAAGCCGCGGCCGACCGCCGCCGCCGUCAUGGUGUGGGUGUUCGGGGGCGGGUUCUACUCGGGCACGAACACGUUAGAAGUUUACGACCACAACAUCCUAGUUUCCGAAGAGAACAUUAUUCUAGUUUCGAUGCAGUAUCGGGUGGCUUCGCUCGGUUUCCUCUAUUUCGGGACGCCGGACGUUCCCGGAAACGCCGGCAUGUUCGAUCAAAUGAUGGCGCUCCAGUGGGUACACGAUAACAUCGCCGCCUUCGGCGGCAACCCCAACAACAUCACCCUGUUCGGGGAAUCGGCCGGCGCCGUCUCCGUCUCCCUCCAUCUGCUGUCUCCCUUGUCGAGGAACUUGUUCUCGCAGGCGAUCAUGGAGUCGGGGAGCGCGACCGCGCCGUGGGCGAUCAUCUCGAGGGAGGAGAGCAUCCUGAGGGGGCUGAGGUUGGCCGAGGCCGUCGGUUGUCCGCACGAGCGGCACGAAGUAUCGGUCGCCAUCGAUUGUCUGAAGAAGAAGGACCCGGUGGAUCUGGUCAACAACGAGUGGGGCACGCUGGGGAUCUGCGAGUUCCCCUUCGUGCCGGUCAUCGACGGGGCCUUCCUCGACGAGUGGCCGUCGCGGGCCCUCGCCAACAAGAACUUCAAGAAGACCAACAUCCUGAUGGGCUCCAACACGGAGGAGGGCUACUACUUCAUCAUCUACUACCUGACCGAGCUCUUCCGGAAAGAGGAGAACGUUUACGUGAACCGGCAGGAGUUCCUGCGGGCCGUCACCGAACUCAAUCCCUACUUCAACUCCAUCUCGCGUCAGGCUAUCGUCUUCGAGUACACCGACUGGCUCAACCCGGACGACCCCGUCAGCAACCGCGACUCGCUGGACAAGAUGGUCGGCGACUACCACUUCACCUGCAACGUCAACGAGUUCGCCCACCGGUACGCCGAAACCGGUAACACCGUCUACAUGUACUACUACAAGCACCGGACGGUGAACAAUCCGUGGCCGUCGUGGACGGGGGUGAUGCACGCCGACGAGAUCAACUACGUGUUCGGCGAGCCGCUCAACCCCACCAAGAAGUACACGCCGCAUGAGGUGGACCUCAGCAAGAGGAUCAUGAGGUAUUGGGCCAACUUCGCCAAGACCGGGAACCCCAGCCAGUCGCCGAACGGCGUCUGGACGCCGACCUACUGGCCUCCGCACACCGCUUUCGGACGGGAGUUCCUCACCCUCGACAUCAACUCCACUGCCACGGGCCGGGGACCCAGACUCAAGCAGUGUGCCUUCUGGAAGAAAUACCUACCUCAGCUCCAACAGCAAACGAACGAUCUCCAGAACCAGCCGCCUCGCCAGAACUGUACCGACGGAGCGAGCUCCUUGCGGUGGUCGCUGGGCGGCGCUGGCACCCUGCUGAUGGUGGCGGCAGUGGCGGCGCUCCGAUCGGGGCCCUUCUAACAGAAAAGAAACCAACCCAGAGGAAUUCCCUUGAAGCGCAUUAGGAACAUAGCGCCUUGAAACAUAUCCGUUAGUGUGUGAGGCAUUAAAAUUCAUCCAAAACCAACACAAAACAAGGAAUUCGACGAGUCGAUUUAUAGAUUUUCGCUUUUACGCUACGUAGAGUCAAUCAAUGCUGCAGCAGACUCGCUUGUGACGUAACAAAAUUCAUGUUCACCCGGCCUAUACAGGUGGCUGCAAUGCGAUCGGAAUUGUCGAAUCGCGCUGAAAGACUAAAAGGAAAAGAUCAUUUUUCUGUUUUUCGCAUAGGUGGUGAGAGGGCGCUGCCAGCGACCAUACGCACUAAAUUUUUAUACUUCUUGUAAUGAUACGGACCAGUGUUUACGAGGUUGCAGAGAUUGCUUCUUAGCAGCUUAAUGUUAGGGCCUAUUACUGUUAGUUCUUAGCCACUAUCACUUAGUUCUAGGGCUGUGCAUUUACAUGUGAAACGAAUUUUCUGUCUCCCUUUGGCCGGAUCUGUCGUCGCUCUCAGCAAAGAUGGGCAGGGACGGACGCCCUGAACAAAUGCCAAAUUGAUUAAAAAAACCAAAAAAAAAAAAUCAUGGAAAAAACAACUACAUACAUAAAACUAAACUCUGCUAUACACUAUGUCUUUGCUGCCUUAUGAAUUCAUGAACAAAUAGUUGACAAAUAACUAUUGGAUCUCUCUAUCCUAGUCUAGUAGAUAGUACUCUAGUGCCUCCGCGAUAGUAGUAUUAGCGUUCUGAGUGAUUUUUAUCGAUUAACAAAACAUUUUCAUGUCACGUAGUCACUCAGUCGCCUUUUUUCUUACGCUCGCCCUGCAUUUACUACUCAAACAUAUCCAGAUUAUGGUGCAAAACAAAACUAUCUAAAAUACCUAAUUAAACUUAGAAAAUACUCUCAAAACACUCUGUACAUAACUAAAGAACAAAAAAAAAACAACUCUUAUGUUUAGCUGAAUUGGAUGUUGUAGAAAAGACGGCGGACGCCACGUUGCAUCCCAGCCAAACCUGUACAUAUCCGUGAUGCCCCCGCCCCCGAUUAGAUCAGUAUUACCAACGCUCCAGCGUCGUGCCACUAGAACCUCAGACUGUCGUUGUUGAUUUUUUCUUUUCCCUCGUCUCUACUCGUAGAAAAUCGCACGAAAGUGGAACGUGGCGACCUCUGUCACUCUGUAGAUAAGUGUUAGUUAAGUUAUUGGCAUCGAUAGGUAAGAAGUGGCAAUGCUUCUGAAUUAAUUAAAGUCAAACUAAUAAUUGUUAUCACCAGAAAGCAGAUGGCGCCGCGGCAUGACGGCGCACGAGAUUAAGCACGUACGCCGUGUUUCCGCCGCCCCCUCUGCGAAACUCGACCAGUAAUGUAAAUUUUGUAAUGUUGUCGUAGAUUUUCAUAAAAUUGCACUGGGUGUGAACUAGAUAAUCGUUUUAUUUUUUAGAUUGACGAGAACGGUUUAUUUCGCGUUGAUCGCUUUACAAUGAACAAUGACGAUGUAAUUUGCAGUUUGAUGUGAGCAUUCACGACAAAAUGUUUAAUGUUAUUUUACUAUUAACAAAGUUUUAUAAAAGACACUGCGACUGGCUGAAAAUAAUACUUGAAACAAACUCUAGAGAAAAGUAAAGUGUCUCGAGAAUAAGUAUUAGGUGUUCCAGAAAUAAAUAAUGAACAUAUCAUUAUAGGUUUAGUCAGAUAGAAUAAACUACAUAUCCAUGCUUUAUGAUACUCAGUACAGUUUGUAGGCUACUCUUUGAUUGCUUAGAAACGAUAAUCUUUGUGAUAUUUUCCUUGAGUUGUUGUAACUGACCGUUGCGUACCUUAUUGCCGAACCAACAUGUGUACCUUUCGCAUUGUGAUGGACCCACAUUCUUCCAAAACAUAUCGUUUCUAAGUACUUGAAUAUGUUCAAAAUACGGCUUGUCAGAUUCUUCCAGUUUCAAUCUAAGGGCUACCUUCGAGUAAUAAUUAAGCAAAAAGGAAAAUUAACUAAGUAUAAACUUUAAAAGCCUAAUAGAAACAGCGAAAUUUAAAAUGAAAAAUUGUCCAAAGCAAUUUAUUCUUCUUAUGAAUUUAUUUUAUAAAACUAUUUAAACUUAGUUAUUGUGAUAAGAAUAUAAUAUGAAGAGAAUAUUUAAACGGUAUACUUAUAUGGGUUAUAUUCUCGUUUGCGUUCAGAGAACUUACCGACCGUAGUAUUCGUUUUCGUUACGUUUACCGUCAUGUUAGUCGAUACAGUACUACAACUAUUUAUGCUACUAUAGAUGGCCUAUAGUCUACAGUAAACUAUGCUUAUUAUUUAAAAUAUAUUGUAAAAUAUUAUUAUAAAUAUAUUAUUGAUUAUAGGAUUGUUGUAGGCCAUUGGCUGUAUAAUUAUUAUUGAAGAUUGAUUGAAUUAAAAUAAAUGAAU